AUGGAUCUACUUUAUUCUAUUCAAGACGCGGUUCUAAAGCAAAAAGAGGAGGAGGCAUUGAACUUUUUCUCAAGAGUGUCUGAUUUUCGCGAAUUUAUCGCAAUUACGCAUCCAGGUGCUGAUGUCGUUGUGACCCUCAAGUUGCUUUGUAUUCGCGCAGAGAGGCUCCCCUGCGUGCACGGAACGUGCGUGUUCAUGGUCGACUCUACGCUAUCUAGCGAGGUCGAGCAGAACGUAAAGAAUGCUCGACGCUGGGAUGGUAAUAUUCACGUGGCCCAGAUAACUGUUUUGGACGAUGAACGGGGGUCCUAUGGUUCCCGGACUAUCACGUUCAAUCCGGGUGCCGUGUACUUACUUCAUCAUGUUGAAUACGUGGGCAUCUACGACGGCAUUCCCAAGGGCAAUGUACAGUAUGAGCGUGACAACAUUCGUAAGGUUAGAUCACCUGUUGAGCGCCGCAGAUAUUUGUGGUAA